AUGUCGUGUUCAAAAAUUUUCUCAGGAGAUUUACCUGAAUUAACAUAUGAAAUUAUGAAAUAUUUCCAAAAUGAUUUUUCAACAUUACAUUCGUGCGUUUUAGUUAACAGAUUAUGGUGUCGUUUAGCGAUUCCAUUAUUAUGGGAAAAUCCAUUUUCAAUUCCUACAAAAAAUUAUAAAUUUAUUGAAAUUUACUUACAUAAUUUGAAUGAUGAUCUUAAAACAAAGUUAAGCAUGUAUAACAUUGAUGAUAAUUUAUUUCAUUCAAAUACAUUUUUUAAUUAUCCUAGUUUUAUAAAAUAUUUGAAUAUAUUAAAGGUUAUUACUUCUAUUUUAAAUUGGCUUGAAGAUGUUUUCAGAACUUCAAAACCUUAUAAUAGAUAUUCUUUAUUACAAGGUUCAAUCUUUAGUUUUAAAAGAUUAAUUUGUACGUCACUAUUUAAACUAUUCAUCGAAAAUGAAGUAAAGUUAUAUACUCUUGACAUUGAUAUCUCCACUAUUUCCAAUUAUGAUCCUUACUAUUAUGAUUAUUUUGUAUUAAUUUUACAAAAUCCAAAUUUCAUCCACAAUAUUAAAAAUUUAAACCUUUAUGUUGGUAGCUCAUCUACUUUUUUAUAUAAUAACUAUAGUAGUAAAUAUGUAUCAAUUAAAUGUCAUAUAUUACAAGUAAUUAGUGUACAUCAAAAUCUUAAAAAAAUUUUAUUGAAUAAUAAAAGUUUCCUUUCUUAUCAAUCAUUAUUGUUAUCAAAAGGUUAUAAUUGUUCAAAUACUUUAAAUACAAUCAUUUUCUAUUACAUCGAUUUUAAAAGUAUAAAUAAUUUAAACAAAAUAUUUGAACAUCUAAAUGUUUUAGAAUCUAUUCACAUUGUUUAUUGUUCUUCUUUAAAUAAUAAAUUUAUUCAACAAAUUAUUAAUUUAACUAAACCAUUUAAAUUGAAAACUUUAUUUAUAAACGAGAUAUCACAAAUUGAAUCAUUAAAAUUAUUAUUUCAAAAAUCUGGUAGUUAUUUAGAAAAUUUUGGGUAUAGGUUUAUGUAUAAUUAUAAUAUAUCCUUAAAACAACAAUUAUUAGAAUUACCUAUAAAAUAUUGUAAAAAUAUCAAAUUUCUUGAUUGUAAUGGAUUUGAAAAUCAAAUUAUUUAUCUAAUAUUCAAUUCAAUUGAAAAUAUUAAACAUAAUCUCAAUUAUCUUUCUAUUGCCACUAAUACGAGUUAUCAAUCAUAUAAUAAUAUUGAACAUAUUAGUUCAAUUAUAUUACAAAAUUUAGGACAAGCUCUUCCUCCUAUAUUAGAAUAUUUAAGUUUGACUCUUUGCAUUAAAUCAAGUGAUUUUGAAGUAUUUCUAAAAAAUUCUCAAGAUACAUUUAUUAAGAAAUUGUUGAUAAUGAAUAUCAUACAACAAGAUAGCAUUUUACCUCUUAUAAAAGAAUAUAUUAUGAAAAAGAAAAGGGUCAGGUAUUUGGCUCUUAUCGAUUCUUCCUUUUAUAUUAAUUUAGGUUAUGAUAAUAGGGAUCUUAAGGAUUUAUUUUUGUCUAAAGAUGAAGUAAAGGAAUUUAGUUUGUAUAAUAUUAAAGUGAAAAGUUACUACAAUGAACUGAUUGAUAUGUAUUGUUUUAUAAAGGAAAUUGAUUAGUCAUUAGUAUUAGUAAUUUAAAAAUAUCAUCUAGAAAUUUUUUUAUAUAAAUUGCUUAUAUAUUCGUUUAUUAUUAAUAAAUUUUAUUAUUAAGAUUAUCAGGAACUUUUAUUACU